UUAGGAGGGGGGAUCUGUUUUUUUUUCUCUAGAAGCUUCUUCCCGUUGCUGGCUUCGUGAUUUCCCCAUUGACUGAGCCGUCAGGAUGAUGGGCCGCCCGGUACUCGUCUUGAGUCAGAACACCAAGCGGGAGUCUGGCAGGAAGGUGCAGACCGGAAACAUCAAUGCCGCUAAGACCAUCGCGGACAUCAUCCGGACAUGCCUGGGGCCGCGCGCCAUGAUGAAGAUGCUGCUGGAUCCCAUGGGUGGGAUUGUGAUGACCAACGAUGGAAAUGCCAUUCUCAGAGAGAUCCAGGUUCAGCACCCGGCUGCUAAAUCUAUGAUUGAAAUCAGUCGCACACAAGACGAGGAGGUGGGAGACGGGACCACUUCCGUCAUCAUUCUGGCUGGAGAGAUGUUGGCUGUGGCUGAGCAGUUCCUGGAGCAGCAGAUGCACCCGACCGUGGUGAUCAGCGCAUAUCGCAAGGCCCUGGAUGACAUGGUCAGCAGCCUGAAGGAGAUCAGCACUCCUGUAGACACGAACGAUCGGGAGGCAAUGCUGAAGAUAAUUAACAGCGCCGUCAACACCAAGGCCAUUAAGCUCUGGGCGGACCUGGCCUGUAACAUCGCUCUGGAUGCCGUGAAGACAGUAGCCUUUGAAGAAAAUGGCAGGAAGGAGUUUGACAUCAAGAGAUACGCUAAGGUGGAGAAGAUUCCCGGCGGUAUAAUAGAAGACUCUUGUGUGUUGCGUGGUGUCAUGGUGAACAAAGACGUCACCCACCCCAAGAUGAGGCGAAACAUCAAGAACCCGCGUAUCAUCCUGCUGGACUGCUCCCUGGAGUACAAGAAAGGAGAGAGCCAGACAGAGAUUGAGAUAACCCGCGAGGAGGACUUUACUCGUAUCCUUCAGAUGGAAGAGGAAUAUAUCCAGCAGAUCUGUGAGGACAUCAUCCGACUGAAGCCGGAUCUGUUGAUCACAGAGAAGGGAAUCUCCGAUCUCGCUCAGCAUUACCUGGUUAAGGCCAACAUCACCGCCAUCCGCAGAGUCCGCAAGACUGACAACAACAGAAUAGCCAGGGCCUGUGGCGCUCGCAUCGCCAGUCGCACAGACGAGCUCCGGGAGGAGGAUGUGGGCACUGGCGCAGGACUGUUCGACAUCAAGAAGAUCGGCGAUGAGUAUUUUACCUAUAUCACCGAGUGCAAGGACCCCAAAGCCUGCACCAUUGUUCUGCGCGGGGCCAGCAAAGAGAUCCUAGCAGAGGUGGAGCGCAACCUACAGGACGCCAUGCAAGUCUGCCGCAACGUGAUGGUCGACCCAUAUCUGGUGCCAGGUGGAGGGGCAGCCGAGAUGGCAGUAGCUCACGUCCUCACUGAGAAGUCAAAGGUCAUGACCGGCGUGGAGCAGUGGCCGUACCGCGCAGUGGCCCACGCUCUGGAGGCCAUUCCAAGGACGCUGAUCCAGAACUGCGGAGCCAGCACAAUCCGGGUGUUAACCUCCCUGAGAGCGAAACACACUCAGGACGGCUGCCAGACCUGGGGCGUGGAUGGGGAGGCCGGAGUGCUGGCUGAUAUGAAGGAUCUGGGGAUUUGGGAGCCUCUAGCUGUGAAGCUGCAAACCUAUAAAACGGCUGUAGAGACCGCCAUCUUGCUGCUCCGUAUUGAUGACAUAGUGUCAGGCCACAAGAGGAAGGGUGACGAUCAGGGGAGACCCGCAGCACCUGAGGCCCCCCAGGAGUGAACAUGAUGGGAGGAGCAUCACACCACAUGGCUUGCAGAUCCCUCUGGGAAAUUAUCCAGCACUUCAGGAGAUGUCCCAGUGGGGGUUAGGCCUUCAGCCUGUUCCCUGUAUACGAUGGCCUGUACUGUAUUUAUUUCUGUGAGGAUUGGGGCAAGAGUCGGGGGAGGGGGAAGUGUGUUUUAUGCUGUUGCACUCUCAACUCCCGAAAAUAAAACUGUAAUUUGGCA